GUGUUCAACAAGCAGUUGAUUUAUGUGCUGCUCCUGAUGCUCACUCAAUUAAUGUUGACAUAUAUUUCAAUAGUGAGAACCAGCCUGAAAAUUUACAAGCGCCAAAAAUAGUUGCAGUGGAUUUGUAA